GUUUGAUCCCAAGUGAUUUUCAAGUAAUCAAAUAUAUUGGAACAUAUGGUUUCGUGUUGCAGAGGUGUGCCCUGUGAGAUUGAUUGUUUUAAACAAUUAAUAGCUCUCAAUGUCCAGUCUUGGUUUGAUCCAUGGGUUUCACUUGUGAAGGCUGAAUUUGUUGUAAAAAACAGAAACAAACAAACAAAAACCAGGAAAAACCAACAUAAAGACCAGAGAGCUGUCUAUGGGAGAAAAGCAAGCCAUUAUGAAGCUGAGAAAAAAGGGAAAAUCUAUCAGCGGCAUUGGGCAUAGCCGGUACAACAAUUUGGAAUGUCCUGAAAAAGAAAGAAACCACUGGUGUACUAACAACCAGACAUCAAACAGAUUGGCUAUGGAAAACAACAGCAGUUGGUGACAGAAAUAUUAUGAGAGCAGUGAAGAAAAACCCCAAAACAACAGUCAUUGACCUCACCAACAACCUUCUCAGGGCAGGAGUGAAGGUAUAACAAUCCAGACUUCGAGAGCAGAAAUAUAGCAGCCAUACCACACAAUGCAAACCACUCAUCAGCAGUAAGAUUUGGAUGUCCAGAUUGGAAUUUGCUAAAAAAUACAGAAAUGAGCUCCAAAAGUUCUGGAACCAAGAUUAACCUCUACCAAAGUGAUGGAAAGGCCAAAAUGUGGAGAAAGAAAGGAUUUGUUCAUGGUUCAAAACAUACAAGCUCAUCUGUGAAACAUGGUGGAGGUAGUGUCAUGGGUUGAGCUUGCACGGCUGCUUUUGGAACAGGUUCACUAAUCUUUAUUGAUGACGUAACUCAUGAUGAAAGCAACAGAAUGAAUUCAGAAGUCUGCAUAAACAAUAUGUCUGCCAAUUUACAGAGAAAUGCAUCUAAUCUUAUUGUUAGGUACUUCAUCAUGCAGCAAGACAAUGACCCAAAACACACUGCCAACUCAACAAAGGUGGAAAAAGUGAAAGGUUUUAGACUGGCCAAGUCAAUCACCAGACCUUAACCCAAUUGAACAUGCAAUUCACAUCCUGAAGAGGAGACUGAAGGGAGAAACUCCCCAAAACAAACAACAACUGAAAGAAGCUGUGGUACAAGCCUGAAAAAGGAUCCCAAAAGAAGAUUUCAAGAGCUUUGUGAGAAACUAUUGAAAACAUGGGAGAGAAAGUAGUUUACCUCAUGGCGUAUCAUGUCUCCUUCAUCAUGUUUGUAUGGUCAUACUGGCAAACCAUAUUCACCAAACCAAUGAACCCACUCAAUGAGUUCCACCUGUCACACACUGACAAAGAACUGCUGAAGCAGGAGGAUCGUGUUGAAUCUCAACAAGAGAUUCUGAGAAGAAUAGCCAAGGAUUUACCCAUAUCCACUCGCACAACGUCUGGAGCUAUUCGCUACUGUGAUCGGUGCCAUCUGGUGAAACCUGACCGAUGUCACCACUGCUCAGUCUGCGACAAGUGCAUCUUGAAGAUGGAUCACCACUGUCCAUGGGUGAACAACUGCGUGGGCUUUUCAAACUACAAGUUUUUUACACUUUUUCUUGCAUAUUCGUUGCUGUACUGCCUGUUUAUCACUGCGACAGACCUUCAGUACUUUAUUCAGUUUUGGACUAAUGGCUUGCCAGACACUCAAGCCAAGUUCCAUAUUAUGUUCCUGUUCUUUGCUGCCUCAAUGUUCUCAGUCAGCCUGGCUUCACUGUUUGCUUAUCACUGCUGGCUAAUUUGCAAAAAUAGAUCUACCCUGGAAGUCUUCCGUGCACCUGCCUUCCUUCAUGGAGCUGACAAAAAUGGCUUCAGUCUUGGAGUAAGCAAGAACUUCUGUCAAGUCUUUGGGGAUGAAAAGAAAUAUUGGCUUCUGCCUGUUUUUUCCAGCCAAGGCGAUGGAUGCUCCUUCCCCACAUGUCUUGUGAACCCUGACCCAGAACAGCCUGCCUCACCAUCUGGACAUGCUGUCAAAAGUGAUGGAGAAAUCCACCAAUUUCCUGCUAAACCUCUGAGAGAAUCUCAAAGCCGACUGCUGAGCAAUGGACAGACUUGGACUGAGAGUGACGAGACAGAGGAACAAGACCGAGAAGGAGCAAGCAACCCGGCCAUGAGUAUAGAGAAAGAAACAUAGUUUGGUCACAGUGCUGACUUGUUUAAGGAAACAAGAUCCCUAUGUGGUCCUGUGUGUUUUCUGUGGAACAAUGAAGAACCUUUCUUCUGCUGCAGGAAACUCUCCAGUGGAUUCCAUGUAAUUGCUUGAGCAAGGUGCUUCUUAUUAAAAGCUGACUGUGCAGUGUUACCGGAGUGUCUAUAUUCAUUAGGACCGUUACAGUCUUUUGUACUUUUGUACAAAGUAUGGAGACUUUGUGUGUGUGUGUAUACUGUCCUAAAUAUACACAGAAAAUAUUGUUUGAGUGACAACAAAUAAUCAAGUGAUUAUUUACAGCUAAUGCCUUGCUUGUACCUUGUGAACUUGUUUUGAGGCUAACUUUAAUAUGAAAUUGGGAUGAAACGUUGUGGUUUUGUGCAUGCUGUAUGGUGCAUAUGUAUGUUCCGUUACAAAUCUGAAAGUUACGAAGAAAACCUUUAAAAAAAAAAAAUACAAGAGAAACUCUAAUGCCUGAUUGGUGUCUUGAAUUGCUGACGAUAUGUAGCAAAGUCCUAUCAAAUGGUACUCCUUUUUUUUAUGCUUCAGUUGUUUGCAUGUGUAGGCAGACAUUUGUAUUUUUAAUGAAGUACACAUUAUGAUGAUAACUUGUUUCAUUGGCCCUGUAUAUCACUCAUCAUUCUAAAACUCUUCAUUAGAGAAAAUAUUUUUCAGUGUUGAAAUAUUACGUGUAAUGCGUUAACAUGAACACACUCCAUUUGUGUGCAGGACCAAAUGAACAGGUUUUAAAUCCAAGCCACUAAAGGAAAUGAAUUACACAGUAAACCAAUGAAAUGCUUUUUGCCCUCAUAUGCACAGCAAGAGAAAAUGUUCGCUCUUUUGCACUUCAGAUUAGUCGAUAUGUGAAUAAUUUUAAAGCUGACCAGAAAAACUAAUUUGUUUCAAUUUGCAAUUACUGUAAAUAGUCAUUUCCUUUAGGAAAAGAACCAAAAAUGAGGUCUGGUGUGUUGAGAUAUGAGCAUUUAUAUGAUUGUGUAUACAAAAACAUAUGCAGUGUAUGUGGACAGCAUUUUGAAAUCUGUUUAUACAAUGACCACAUCAUUUGCAAAAAAUCUGUUUUGUGAUUUUGGACACAGGCACUGAACGUAUUCAAAUGAACAGUCUGUCUAUUGUGAAGAUAAUCCAUCAUGCACAAACAACAUGAGAGAGCCACAUUUUUGAAGAGGA